AUGCUAGCAUCAAGAUUGAAUGCAUUAGCACAUAAUAAUAUCUCUUUUGAACAAAGUAGAAAUAUAUUCAGUGAAGCCUUUAUUAAUGAUUGGUCAAGCAAAUCUUUAGAACUAAUUUCGCAAUACUUAGAAGUUACUGAUGUUGAUGAGAAACACGAUUGGUUAAGGAAUUUCUUCAUUGAAUUAUUCCAAAUAUUGUAUUUACCUAAUUUACCAAACAAUGUUACAAUCCAACUUUUAGCACAAUUGAUUAAUGAACUAGUUCAAAAAUCAAAUGACUCUAGUGAAUUAAUUGGUAUGGCUUUUGUUUCCGCUUCUUCGACGUAUUCAAAAGAGGACGACAACAGACUUUUGUUAUUAGCAAAGGAAAUACCUGUAUUAUAUGACGAAUUAUUCAAAUUCAGUCCAAUUUCAUCGAAAUUAAUGACAAAAGAUCAAAUGGUUUUAAUGAGACAUUUGUUGAAGAAAACAAAAUUUGAGUUGAAAAAAUAUAAUUUACUUUUCGAAUGCUCUUCAGGUUAUGGUAAUCUAAUUGCUCUAUUAUAUAUGGCUUUUCAUGACAUCGAUAAAAUUGAUAAGAUCGACUUUUACUCUCACGAAUUGUCACAUGUGAUGGGUAAGUUUUCUUUGGAUAGUAUGCGUUCUCUUGAUUUGAUAUUAAGGAUUUCAAGUGAAUUUGUUACGGAAGAUUAUAAUUUCAUUCUAAAAUUGCUUCAAGCUACCGAUUUUUGGCCAAAUGAAAAGCUCUCUAACUCGAAUAUAUCAAAUUCUGAUCAUUUAUCAGAGAACGUUAUUGUUUCCAAUGUUAUCGCAUUCACUAUAAACUCAUUUGCAAUGGAUGAUCCUACCAAGCUAGACUCCAUUCGUUAUAUUGACAUGUGCUGUAUUUUGAUAAAAUCUAAAUUUGUUCAUUUUUCUCAUAUUUGGAUAAAACUCUCUCCAACUUCAAAAGAAUUUGUGAAACAACUGCAGGAAUACCAAGAUAAAUUAGAGAAAGAAUCGAUGCAAGGUGUUAGCAAUCCACUUGCAAUGGCAGCAGCUCUAUCAUUAGAAGAUGAUGAAGACGAAGAAGCUAAUGGCCGUAAAGUUGAUGACAAUAAAUUAACACAAAAAAGUCCAAACUCAUCUGAAGGUAAAAAGACAUCCGAUGAUCAUGAAUCAAAAGCACAAAACACUACAAAUAAUAAUAAUAUUGAUAUAACGGGUAGUGUUCAUAUUUUAUUUUUAGAGCGAUUAUUAUCCAUUGGAUGUUAUGAUGCAGUUGUCCAAAUUUUUAGAGAGCACCCAAGCUUAAUGUCAGUUAAUAAAUUAAUCCCAAAGUUAUUCGCAAGAUUAUUUGAAUAUAGAAUAAACAGCUUAUAUGAAAAUACAUGCUUAUCACAAAUAGAGAAUCUGACUGGUGCUUUGAAGGACACUGUAAAUGAGAGCGACCUUAUUUCACACAGAUCUAAGUUAAUCAACUAUGAAUUAACACACGAUCCGUAUGAGACAACUUUCCUUAAUACAAAGUUCAAAUUCUUUUAUGAAGACUGGAAAUCUGAAUUAGCAAUUAUAGAAUCGAUUGAAAAAUUAUUUGAAGAAUCUCAUUCAUUUUUCUACACAAUUGGACCAUAUUUAUCUCAUGCCACAAUUUUGUUGUCAAAACUAGUUAGAUUAGGUAUUUCUGAUAUUAAAGAUGAAAAAGAUGAUGAAUUGCGUGUUUCAAAAAUUGAUAAAUGGAUUGAUUAUACUAGAAAAUUUAUCAUGCCAACCCUACCAUUAUUAGAAAAUUGUCCUUCAGUUGCAACUAAUAUAUACGAGCUAUUGAGUAUGUUUAGCUUUGAAAAAAGAUAUUUCUUGUACAAUGAAGUUUUGAGUAAAUUAUCAAAGGACGAUGUGAAUGUGAAAAUUGGAUUCAACAGGGCUGCAAGAGAAGCCAAGAGAUUGUUGAAAGUUUUAAAUACUGACAACAUAGAACAAGAGGCUAGGAACUUUAGUUGUGUUCUCUCUACAAAUCCCUUGGCCACUUUAACUAAUGUAGUUGAGCAAGUUGAAAAUUACGACAAAGUAACUGAGUUAGUCAUUAUAACGGCUAAAUAUUUCAAUAACUUUGCAUAUGAUGUAUUACAAUACAUUAUAUUGCAGCGUAUAUCUCAGCAACGUAACACAGUCCAAGAUGACGGAGUGAACCCAACUAGUUGGGUUACACGUAUUUCAUCAUUUAUAGCUGGUUUGACGAAAAAGUGUCCAAAUAUGAACAUAGAUAAAAUUAUAACUUUUAUUAUUAAAACGUUACACAAGGGGAAUAUUAUUGCUAUAUCGAUUUUGAAAGAGUUAUUGCAUACAGUAGGAGGCAUUAGAGAUUUGAAUGAAGUGAACAUAAAACAGCUGAAAAUGCUAAAUUCAGCACCACAAUUACAAAGUAUUGCCAGAAGUUUAAUUUAUGAUACUAGAGAUCAAAAUAGUGAGCAAAGUCAAAAAUUAAUAAAGAUAUUCAAAGAGCAAAAUUCCUUAUCCGAAGUUAUAAUACUACUUAAUAAUUUAAUUUUGGAAGCAAAUUCACUCCCAUUACAUUACAAAAUCUUAUCAUCUAAUUGUGAUGAAUUAAACAGCUUGCUAUGGUCAUUUAUUGAAUUGGUUCAAUACACAAUGAGCAAAGAUGAAUUUAGAGAGACAAUUAUCCCUUUCCGACUAUUAUCGAAUAAUCACCGUAUAUCAGUUCCCUGGUUAUUUCACUUAUGGAGAUCAAACAUUGGGAGUAAUAAGGAAUCAAACGCCAAUAUAUUUCUUAAUAUGAAAGAUGAUGUCACAUUUACUGAUGUUGACACAUCUUUGAUUGACUAUGAACUAUUCAUCUAUUUUUGGACUUUUGACUUAUAUAAUAUGCAUCAUGAUAGUGCUCUUUAUAAAGAAGCAGAAUUAAUUUUAGAGAAAGAACUAAAAUCAGAGACCAAUUCUCGUAAAAUUUCUCAUUUAAAGAAACAAAUUAAUGAAUUAUCGAAUUCUUCUGGAGUUCAUCAAAGGGAUUUCAAUGAGACGACAGAAACGUUAAAGAAUAAGUCUAAUACCUGGGAGAAUUCAUUAGAUGAGAAAGGUAUAGAAAUGUUUUUACAAUAUUGUAUUAUUCCUAGAUCAUUAUUCAAUCCUUUAGAUUCAUUAUAUUCAAGCUACUUCCUGCUACAAAACUUUGAGGUUGAAAAAUUACUUGAAAUUGCUUCAACUUUGUUUAAUUCUGAUAUUUUAGGCACUCUUUUAUUCAGUUGCACUAGCCUAGAAGCCGGUAAUUUGGGAAUUUUCUUUAAUUCUUUCUUAAGUAAAAUUGAGGAAAUUAGAGAGAAAAACGGUAUAGACCAUCCUAAAGCAAAAGAUAUUUACAGUUGGUAUUACAAUUUUUUGAAGCAAAUUAUAUCCACCUUAUUGAAUAAUAAUUAUAUGUCUAUCAGAAACGGUAUUGAAUUCAUGAAAUAUGUUACUAAUAUCUUUCCAAUCGUAGAUGACCAUAUUCAUUUACUAAUUAAGACACUAGAACGCAGAUUAUCUGACGAAAAAAGGGAAGAUAUCAAACUUCCAUCUACGGCAUUACUUGGUCAUCUAAAAGCUCGUUUAAAGAAAGCUAAAACUAAAUUUGACUUUUAUGUGCUAACUGGUUCAGAGAAAGAAUCUCAUGAUACUUAUAUCCAAGAAGUCAAGGAAAUCGAGAUUGCUAAAUCUGCCGAGGAUAAUGUAAAGAAACAAGAUACUUUGAGAAAGAGAAUUGAAGCUAGUAAACCUAGUGCUGUCAAAUCAGAGAUUUCUAUUCACAAGGAACCUUCUUCUGUUUUAUCUACACCUUCUCCUGUCAACAACAAUGUAUUCCAAGUAGUGAGGUUGAUAAAAGAAAUAUCGUAUCAUAUUUCUGCCGAUAAUUUCAACAGAGUGUUAUCUUUGUUGGACGAUAAUGUAAUGUCUCAAAAAAUUAAAGAUUUGAGUAAAAGAACCAACAGCGUUAAUUAUUAUAAAUCUCAACUUUUGAAUUUAUUAGAAGAUCACUUUCGUAAUUUAUCGAGAGGAGCUUCUGAUGAACAAUUAGAAUUACAACUGAAAGAUUUGAAAUUACUCAUUUCAAAACUUGACCAUAUCUUAGGCAGAACAUCUACUCCUCUUUAUUCUGAAAACAGUUCGGCUCAUACAAGUAGAUAUAACAGAGACUCCACGAAUGAUCAAAACAUCGACAGUAAACGUGAUUUUAGAACUGCUUCGAACUAUAGACAUAAUAUUGGCAAAUCUACGAUCCAAGUUGAUCAAAACAAAGCUCAUGGAGAUAACAGAGUACCAAAGAGAAAAUUAAGGAUAGUGAACCUUUAUAUCCAAUGA